GGUUGUGUUUUUUGCUAUAUAAUUUUUAUUUUAGAUCCAUUCAAAAAUAUAACAAUGAUGUACAGAGAGGGUCUUUUUAGCAUAACCUUGAACACCACAUUUGUUCGACCUACAAAGUUUUAUCUUGCUGGGUUUUACAACAUCCCUCAUGUUAAGUAUUACUUUGUCUUCUUGUGCUUUGUCUACAUCAUGACUGUGCUUGGCAAUGGUUUUCUUCUAUCUGUUAUCUACCUUGUUAAGACCCUCCAUACUCCCAAAUACAUAAUAGUGUUUAACUUGGCUUUUACAGACCUCUGUGGGAGCACAGCUCUUAUCCCAAAACUCUUGGACACGUUUUUAUUUGACAGGAGGUACAUUGUUUAUGAGGCUUGUUUAACUUACAUGUUCUUUGUCUUAUUAUUUGGAAGUAUUCAAUCAUGGACCCUUGUCACAAUGGCAUAUGACAGAUUAAUAGCAAUUUGCUUUCCAUUAAGAUAUCACAGCAUUAUAACCACAAAAUCUGUUGUUGCAAUGCUGCUGAGUUCUUGGAUUGUUAUGCUCUGUGUCAACGCAGUAUUGGCUGGGUUUAUUAAUCGCCUCUCUUUCUGUGCAUCUGUAGAAAUUAAAACCUUCUUCUGUGAUCAUGGACCUAUAUAUCAACUGGCCUGUAAUGAUACAUCUUACAGCUAUAUGAUGGCUGCUGUUGGCCUGAUUUUAGUCAUCUGCAUUCCUCUUAUUCUGAUAUCUGGCUCUUAUGCUUGCAUUUCUGUCGCUCUGGCAAGAACUGUUUCGAGAGAAGAACGACUGAGAGCUCUAAAAACAUGUGUUUCUCACCUGAUUCUCGUUGCUCUUUUUUUCUUACCUUUUGUUGGAACCAAUAUAGCUGUCCUGACUUCUUAUAUUCAUCCAAAUGCAAGGAACAUAAACUCAAGUUUAACAUACACUGUUCCACCUUUGCUUAAUCCUAUUAUUUACUCUUUGAAGACAGAAGAAGUAAGGAAUGCUAUUAAGAGGCUUUGUAGAAGAAGCAAACUAAACAAAACAGCCAUUAAAUCAGAAGCUCUGUGACAUUAUUUGAUUCAUUUAG